AUGCCCUCCGAAACAGAACCCCUCCUCCCCCGCUACGAGGAUGACACGGCGCGCCAGCGCCGCCUCCACCAAAAGCUACACUCCUACCAAAUGCUCCGCGCCCUCGCUGAAGGUUACAUGCCAUCCACCGAGCAAGCGAUCGCUAACCUGCGCACACUGCUGGCCUCUGACGUGCUCAACCUGCGCAACCAGGACAUCGGUUCCGUAGGACGGCUGCUGGUGCGCGACGCCCGGUUGUGGAUCACCGUGCUCAUCGAGUUCCUGCGCGACAAGAACGCGGCGGACCAGGUGCAGGAGUUUUUGUGGAGGUUGGCGCGUUCUAGGGUGGAACUAGAUACUGGGCGGGUCGGGGCGAGUGCGAAGCAAGUCAAAGCGCGUGCGGAUGCGAAGGCGGGUGGGUCGAUCGGACUGUUUGAUUUGGUUCCUGCGCUGGACCGGGCCGGACUGGACUGGGCUGGACUCGGCGGCUUUCUAUCGUGGUUGACUGCUAGGUCUACUGGGGUCUAUCUGGUCCGAUCUGGUCCAACUGGUGUCUUGGCGCAGGCAUAUGAUAGCUUUCGCACGGUAGGGAGCUUGCUCUUGACGAACCCAGAUUUCCGCCUUUUCGUCGAUGACGUCGCGACAGUUGGACGCCAGAUAUUUGCUGAUACGGCUGCGUCGCUGUCUGAGACGUCGAAGCAGGUUGCUGAGCAGCUGCAGCCGUCAGAGGAGGAGGAGCGAGCUUUGCAGGGCCCGGGCGCGGAUGAGGGUCGCGCCGUGUCCGGCGAGGAAUUGAAGACAGAAGUGGCUCAUGUAGUUGAAGUCGCUGGCAAGGGAGUUGCUCGCACGGAGCAGGAGGCUGUGAAGAGUGCGAAGGAGCAUCUGUCGGGUCAGGAACGAGAUACGUUGUUGCAUCGGCUCAAGCAGGCUGUCUCCAACCUUCGCAAACGAACGGAUUACACGGACUCCGUUUCGACGAUGGCCCAGCUGAUCAAGCGAUAUGCUGCUCUCUACGCUAAUGCCGCUGAGGACACGGCCAUCGCUGCCCAGGAGGAUUUUGAGGCUAAUGAGCAUCUCAAGCAGGCCGUCGAUCAGUUCUGGGGUUUGCUACGCUCAUUUGGCGAUGCCAAGGAGUGGGAUCGACUGCAAGCAAAGUUUCGCAAUGUCGUGCGCCAUGCAGACAAGGAUCCUGAGUUUGAGCGCCUGAUGGGCGAAGUCGGCAGCUCACUGCAGGACAUGCUCACCGACCCCACAUUUUUCGACUCAGCGCCAGAGAAGCUCGAUGAGCUCCAGCAGCAGUCGGAAAAGGUGGGCAGCGAGACGGGGAUCCGGAAGGACAUGGAUGAGUUCUUGGCCCAGGCUAAGCGGGCGCUCAGGAGCGUACCAGAGGACCAAGCAGUAUCCAAGCUGAUCAAUGCAUCCAAGAAGCUGCAUCAUGAUGUAUUCAACGCAUACAACGACAAGAAAUCGGAUCUAUCGGUUGACAUCGUGAAUGUCUUUAUACCCGUUGCCUUGCGCAUGAUCCAGUACAUUCCUAUUCCCCGGCUCGAAGUGUCUGCGCCGGAGAUGGACCUGCUGCUUGAAAACCUGGUUCUGGAGCCGGGUCGUACCGUCAACUUCUCGUCUUUCCUGCCUUAUCGCCUGCAUCUCCUUACGCAGAAUGAUAUCGAUGUUGUGAAGAGGCAUGCAAAGCGGACGGAUACUACUAUCAAAACUGCCUUCACGCUGACCAUCCAGGGCUUGAACCUCAGUGCCCAGGACUUUGGAUACUGGCUACGAGCCCAUACGGGUUUCUUCUUCCGCCUGAAGGAUGAAGGUAUCGCCAGUUUCUACCUCGACCGUCGAGGCAUCGACAUCUCACUCGAUGUCGAGGUUGGCCGUGGUCGUCUGGAGCAGAUCUUCUCUCUACGCGGUGUCCGUGUCCGCAUUCACAAGCUCGAUUACAAGGUCUCGAAGAGCAGAUGGAAGUUCUUGCUGUGGCUAACCAAGCCGUUCCUCAAACACCUUGUGCGCCGCGUUCUGGAGAAGAAAAUUGCCGAGGAGAUUGUUUCGGCUGCCUUUGCACUAAACCGAGAGCUGGUCUUUGCUCGCGAGCGGCUACGUGCUGCUCGCAUCGCUAGCCCGCAGGACUUGGCAACCUUUCUGCGGGCUGUGCUUGCGCGUCUCAAGCCUGCCGACACCGGCGUGGAGGCUCGUAUCGGCGUGGAACCGCUUGAUAGCGGCGUCUUCACGGGUGUCUAUGCGCCUGGUAGUAUUGUCAAAACCUGGCAUGAGCAGGCUACUCGUGCCCAGGAGGCGAUUGACGACGGCGACGAAACACACGGCGUGGGACACACGUGGCGGAACGACAUUUUCAAUGUGACAGGGGCAUAG